AUGAUGGAUAAAGAGGAGAUCAGUGACACUGACAGUGGGAUCAUUCUCAACUCUGGUCCCGACAGCCCCACGUUGCCAGUCAAGGACCUGACCACUCACACCCGGGCCAUGAGGCUGAAGCACCAGGCUCUGGAGGACAGGCUGGGGCUGUGUCUACUGGACCUCAAGAAGCUCUGCGUUAGAGAGGCUGAGCUGACAGGUAAGUUGUCUUCAGACUACCCCCUACUUGCUGAUGAGAAGCCCCCUCGUGUCCGAAGGAGGAUAGGAGCUACCUUCAAACUGGAUGACAGUCUCAUCCACCAGGAUGGAGAGCUUCAUUCCUUAGAGGCAGACCUGGCCUUGCAGCUCCAGAUCGUUGAAGCGGCUCGUAGACUCUCAGUGGAGGAGCACCUGUCCAAACCACAGAAGAAGAGCAGGCUGCAGCAGUGUAAGAGGGAAGAUAGGAAAGUCAAGGAUCUCCAGGAAGCUGUGUUUCAGCACAGGAUCAGAAACGAGUGCUCCUCUCCAGCGACCAACAAGAACAACAACACAGCCAAACACAGAGAUCUGUGCAUGUCUGACGACAGCUCCCUGUCUGAUGCAGUGGCCCUGGACGAUGACUCUCUCUCUUCCUCAUCAUCUGUAGACCCACUCAUACAGUCCUCUGUGGGCUCCCUGUCCCUCCAGUCCUCCUCCUCCCAGGGCAGUCUCCAUCACACCUCAGCCCAUAGCCAGAGCCUCGGCUGCAGUUGCGGUGUGGAGCAGACCCAGACCUCCAGUAUGGGCUCCGGCUGCAGUGUGGAGUUUCCUGAGCGCUCCCCCAUCCAGAACUCCCCCUGGAGAGAGUCUAAUCUUGACCAGCACUAUCUGAAACAUGACACACCUCUCUCUGUCUGCAGCAGCAGGCCCAGAAGUCCAGUAGGGACCCCAGUGUUCCCUGCAGACAGCAGAGUCCUGCCCUCCCACUUCCCCUCCAUUAAGAACCUGGCUCUGAGACAUGGACAGAUCAACUCCUCCAGCGCCCCCUCUACUCCAGAGCUGCACGUACGCAGACAGUACUCCCUGUCCUUCAGGCUUCCCAGAAGUAAGCCCACUCAUGAUCUGGGUGAGGGACGUGGGAGAGCCAGGUUGCCACGCCGACGGCCAGAGUUCCUGGUUCGGUCUCCACAGUACGCCCCCCAGCGUCUGUACCAGUCCAGCUCUGAACACUCUGUCCCCUCCUACACCAGCCCCCAGCGGCCGUACCAGUCCAGCUCUGAGGACAGCAGCUCUGAACACUCUGUCCCCUCCUACACCAGCCCCCCCAGCCGGGACACGGACAGAGAUAAUCACAAAGACAGGGAGGGCCCUGCAUCUCCCGAGAUCCCCAAGCUCUGCCCUCCUCCCUAUGGCUUCCACUACGGAGCCCAAAGUCCCACCAGCCCUGCGUUGAAUGGCUCCAGCUUUCACAAGAAAAACAACCAGCACCAGCACCAGCACCAGUCCUCUCCCAGCUUGAGAAGAAGAAUGGCAGAGGAAGGCACCUGUUCCCCUCUUUCUCCACAGGACCUGGGCAGUCCCCUGGGGAAGGGUCUUUACCUGUCCCCCUCCCGGCCCCCCCAGCCACAGCAGCAGCACAGACACUGGCAGCAGGGGCCCCCACCGUCAUCCCCCAGGAGAGUUCUGAAGCCUCCACCCCCUUACACUCGCCUGGUACGUACCCCGUCACUGAGGGAGUACUCCAACCAACCUGCCCGGGUGUUGCCCAGGGAGAUGACGUCAGACGAGCUCAAGUCCUGGAACCAGUUCCAGAAGUCACGCCCGAGUUCCCUGGAGCACCAGGGGUCGUUCAGAGUGAAGAGCCCCACGUCCCCUCCCCUCCCGCCCUACCUGCAGGGUCCCCACCAGAAGCGGAUCCUUCAGAGGGCUGCAGAUGGAACUCCUGUACAGUGGUUUGUUGAAGAGGACUCGGAGAUCGUCAGCCAGGUGUAA